CUUGCCUCGAGGCUUGAGCUGUGCCUGUCUUGCGGCGUCUCUCUCUCUCUUCUUCGGGUUAAGACUCCCAUUUGACUCCCCUGCAGCUUGGGAGUGCGAGCGAUAGUGUCCUUCCCCAUCACCACCGUCGACCGGCCACCGACACUCCGCCAUGAGGAAGGACGGCUCUCCGGCCACCGCGGCCGGCACCGCCGCCUCCAAGCUCUUCAGCUGCUUCGAGACCAAGCCCCUCGUAGCCACAUUGCUCGCCCUCACCCUCGUCAUGCUCCUCUGGAACCUCCCCCCUUACUACCAGAGCCUCCUCUCCACCACCACCGCCACCAACCUCCCCUGCUCCGCCUCCGCCGCCGCAUCGUCUCUAUCCUCUCUCGCCGUCGACUCGACCCUCCCCUCCGCGGCCCCCGCCCAGGUCGCCGCUCUGAAGUACUCCACUUCGGCGACGGCCCAAGGAUCCGACCCGAACAAGCGGAUCUUCCAGGCCUACGGCAAUGCGGCGGCGCUUUUCGUCCUCAUGGGCGCCUACCGCGGCGGCCCCGCGACGUUCGCGGUCGUCGGCCUCGCCUCGAAGCCCCUCCACGUCUUCGGCAAGCCCUGGUACAAAUGCGAGUGGGUCUCCAACAACGGCACGGCGACCCGGGCCAAGGCCUACAAGAUGCUACCCGACUGGGGCUACGGCCGCGUCUACACCGUCGUCGUCGUCAACUGCACCUUCUCCGAGAACCCCAACGCCGACAACUCCGGCGGCAAGCUCCACCUCUACGCCUACUACGGCGAGUCCCAGCGCAAGUACGAGAAGUUCGCCGCCCUCGAGGAGAGACCCGGAUCCUACAACGAGUCCAAGUACCACCCCCCGUACGACUACGAGUACUUGUACUGCGGGUCGUCCCUUUACGGCAACCUGAGCGCCGACCGGAUUCGGGAGUGGAUGGCCUACCACGCCUGGUUCUUCGGGCCCAAGUCGCACUUCGUGUUUCACGACGCCGGAGGGAUUUCGCCGGCGGUGAGGGCGGCGCUGGAGCCGUGGGUAAGGGCGGGGAGGGCGACGGUGCAGGACAUCAGGGACCAGGCGGCGUUCGACGGCUACUACUACAACCAGUUCUUGGUGGUGAACGACUGUCUCCACCGGUACCGGCACGCCGCCAACUGGACCUUCUUCUUCGACGUCGACGAGUACAUCUUCCUGCCGGAUGGGAGUAGCUUGGAGUCAGUGUUGACAGAGUUCGGGAACUACACGCAGUUCACGAUCGAGCAGAAUCCAAUGUCGAGCGUGCUCUGCCUGAACGACUCCUCUCAAGAUUACUCCAGGGAAUGGGGCUUCGAGAAGCUUCUGUUCCGGGACUCCCGGACCGGGAUCCGGCGGGACCGGAAGUACGCGAUCCAGGCGAAGAACGCGUUCGCGACGGGGGUGCACAUGUCGGAGAACGUGGUCGGCGAGGCCCUCCACAAGACGGAGGACAAGAUCCGGUACUACCACUACCACAACUCCAUCACCGUCCCGGGGGAGCUCUGCCGGGAGCUCCUCCCGAUGUCGGCGAGGCGCAACGUGACGUGGUACGACAAGCGGCCCUUCGUCUACGACGACCACAUGAAGAAGCUGGCCCCCGUCAUCAAGGAGUUCGAGCGCAACGCCAUCGGGAACGUCGACACCGCGCAGUGGUCCUCCUGACCGCGACCGUCAAAGCCUCCAAGAAAAAAAGAAGAAAAACCCAAAAAAAAAAAAAAAGGAAGAUUGCGAGGACAAAGGACGAUUCCGAUUGUUGUUUCCGGGAGAGACCCCACGGGGCAUUGAAUUUGAGCUUUUUGGGUCCGGUGUGAUAAUGGCGACACCUCGCGCGUGGGGUGGAAAUCGUGGGACUCCGGUCGAUGAGUGGGCUCUGUUCAAUCUCGGGCUCGGUCGGAGGAAGAGAGAGAAAGUGAUCUGACCCGCUGUAGAGAGAGAGAGAGAGGGAGGGAGGGGAUCCGUUUGGACAUAAUUCUCUGAUUUUUUUUUCCUUUUCUUUAAUUCUUGAAUCUGUCUAUAUAUAAGGAAAGAAAGGGGGAAUGUUUUAUAUCUUUUGUUGCGAUUAAUUUAUUCCGUGGGUUCUUUUAAGAAAAAAAUUAAGAGGGGGGAAAAUUGGAUGUGUUUCUACGUGGGAUUUGUCGUUGUGGAGGUUUGAGCAGUGAGUGACUGGUGGGGACCCUUCUGGGAUUUAAAUAGAAUAUAAAUUCCGAUCGUUUGAUA